AUGUCUAUCGAAACCCGCAGGAGGAGCCGAGCCGUGAUCAGGAUGAACGAAAAGGAUAGCAAGGAGAUUGCAUACGAAGACGACCAUCAUGACUUCCACCCGGACCCUGAAGUCAUCGCCCGAUUGAGGCGAAAGAUCGACUGGCACCUGUUGCCGCUCCUCUCGCUUAUGUACCUCUUCUCCUUUCUCGACAGAGUCAACAUCGGGAACGCCAAGGUCGCAGGACUGGAAGAGGACUUGAACCUCAGUCCGUCAGAAUACAGUUGGGCACUAUCGAUCUUCUUUAUUGGGUACGAUUGCGAGCAACUAUUACCAGCAGGAUUCAUGUCUUUAUUUGUCUCUGAGGAGUCAUAA